AUUCUCUCUCUCUCUCUCUCUGUCUUUUGUCUUCUUCUUGAACUCGGAGGUGUGAUGUCGUCCAACUCGACCACGACGUCGUCCUCCAGCGACGACCUCGGCGUGUCGCUGGUCCUCACGACAGCGUAUCUCGUUGGCUUUGUCACUGCCUUUGCAAUCCUGCGCAACGUUUGGAGCAACUUUUACGCGCCACGCUCGCGAACCGACAAGGGGCUGGGAGGGGGUGGAUCGCAGGUGGGAACAAUCGAUCUCGCUCAGAGAUCCUGGGCGUGGUGACCCUCAGAUGACAUGCACACGGCUCAACCAAACCAUGAUCAGACGGUAACAAAUUAACUAACACCUCGUUUUGCACUCUGCAACUCCUUUUUUUUUUUGCUUAGACCGGAGGCGCCGCCAAAGUUGCCGCCUGGGCACUUUCGAUGGUUUUGGAAGGUCGUGCAGAUCACCGACGACCAGAUCUUUGCAUCUGCAGGCUUGGAUGCACUCAUGUAUGUGCGAUUCAUGCGCAUGGUCCUCAAGCUAUUCAUUUUCAUGACGCCGUACUCGAUCGGCAUCUUGCUCCCAAUCAACAAGACGGGAAGCAACGAGCUGACAACAUUCGAGCGAUUCACCAUGUCCAACAUCCCAGACCGAAGCGGCUACCUUGCUGCACAUCUCGUCGGAACGUACCUCUUCACCUUCCUGACGCUGUGGCUCAUGCUGCGCGAGUACAAGGCGUUUAUCACGGUGCGGCAGCGCUACCUUUUGCAGCACCAUGUUCAUCACUACAGCAUCAUGGUGCGCGAAAUUCCAAAGGACUUUCGAAACGACGUCAAGCUCAAGGAAUUCUUUGAAGACAUCUUCCCCGGCGAAGUGAUGAACGCUUACAUGGGAAGGCAACUGAUCAAGCUCACCCAAGCAAUGGAAAAGCACAAGGACUAUGUCGAGCAGCUCGAAAAAGCGCGGGCUAAAAUGGAAAACGACGUGCCCGAGCAUAGGCGCCCGACAAAGCACAAGAGCCUCUGCUGUGGCGCCAAGUACGACGUCAUUGACAGGCUAGAGGCGCGUUGUCGCAAGUGGAGCGAGCGCGUCCAAUCACUGCAAGGCAAAACGCACAAGCGUGGCGUCAAUGGUUUUGUGACAUUCCGGUCAAAGUUCCAUGCCGCUGUUGCCGCGCAAGGACUCAUCAUCCGUGACCCCAACGCCUUCAUCACCGAGCCUGCGCCCGAACCGCGCGACGUGUACUGGCGCGGCAUGCGCCUGCGCGACAACGAACGAUUCCCACGUCUGUUGCUUUCGUACGCUAUGAUGUUUGGCCUGACGUUCUUCUGGACCAUUCCCAUCACGUUCGUCUCGUCCUUGACAACACUGGACAGUCUGUCGGAGACCUUCCCCUUUCUUGACGGCAUCAAAACCUUGCCAUCGUGGAUCUCUAGCGCCAUCCAGGGUUUCCUUCCUGCCAUCAUUUUGAGUAUCUUCAUGAGUCUCGUGCCAACAAUCAUUCGAAUCAUUGUCAUGGUCGGCGGUGUCACAUCGAUGAGCCAGGUCGUGCGCCUCACCAUCACGCGGUACUAUUUCUUCCAGGUCAUCAACGUGUUCCUGGUCUUCACCCUGUCCGGUGCCGUCCUCACGCAGCUCAAUGACAUUAUUGACGACCCGCUGUCCAUUGCCUCCUUGCUCGCUUCGAGCGUUCCUCGUCAGUCCCUCUUCUUUAUCAACUACCUGCUUGCUGACGGCGUGAUUGGUUAUGCCACCGCCCUUUUCCGCCCAGUCCCGCUCAUCCUCUGGUUGCUCAAGCGCAAGUUGUUCCGCAUGGACCCGGAAAUUGAGGACGCUAUGGACUACGACGAGCUGUACCCUGGAAUGCUCUUGUACGUGCUGGUCGUGCUGGUUUUCUGCACCAUCUCGCCUCUGGUAGUGCUGUUUGGAAUCUGCGUCUUCUGGCUGGGCCUGUUUGUCAGCAAGUACUCGGUCAUGUACGUCAACUCGAGGCGGUUUGAAACGGGUGGCAGCUUCUUCCCCGUGGUUUUCAAUCGCAUGGCGACGUGCUUGACCGUCUACCAGCUGACCAUGGUGGGUCUGUUCAGUCUCAAAGAGUCUCCUGGUCCCGCCGUGGCCAUGAUCCCUUUGAUCAUUCUUUCCUUCAUCUUUUACGUGUGGGUCAACGACACGUAUCACUACCCGGCCCGAAACAUCCCUCUUCGUCUUGCUGCAAAGGAGACGAUUGACACGCUGGAGGACACCGACAUGGUUGUUCAGACGGCGGCCAUGACGUUUGGCUUUAUGAAAAAGGCCGGCAGCAAAAUCUCCAACACCAUCCCCGGCAGAGGUCUGUUGUCGCGCCAGGGCACGAAGCGUAUGAGCCCCAUCGUGUCGACGAAUGCGAGUUCCGAGCAGCUGUCCGGUCUGGACUCGGAAGCGACGGAGGAGCAAACGGCGACGACCGAAAAUUCGUCACAGGCCCUUUCGCAGCAGGUGCCUCCCAAGCCCGCCCGCGAAGGCAGCAUGUUGAAGAGCCUUUUCAAAUCUAGGACCAAGCCCAGCUCGCCAUCGCACAGCGUGACGUUUUCAGCAACGACAAGUUCGUCGGAUGCAGCCGUUCCGGCCUCGGCAGACGCCCUCCCCGACGAAACCUCUCCCACCACCUCAGAAGCAUCCUCUGCCAGAGCGUCGCUCGCCUCGAACGACUCGGUCUCGUCGGCGGCCGGUAUUGCCCCUCUUGAUCCGCCUGCUCGUCGCCCGUCCCUUCGCGAAGCCCCUUGCACAGAGCACAGCAUUCCCAACUGCAAGCAUGACAUGUGCAUUCGCCUCUCGCCACAGGACUUGACGUAUGCGUACCUGCAACCAGAGCUCCGAACAGAUGUGGGCAAACCUUACGAGCAGCGGGUGCAAACCGACCCGGUUUUUGCCGUCAAGCGCGGCCAUUCGACAAUCGGAUUGCUUGCUCUCCAGAUGGAGGCGGCUGCGCGUUCGCCAAAGGCCAACACAGACGAUGCCCUAUCGGCCCUCGCCGAGGCAGAGCGCCUCAAAGCCCUGAGCACCUCGACGUCGACGGGUCGCAAAUCGUCCUUGGCAGGUGGCGCAGUGCCUCCUCGUCAGGUGAGCAUGGACGACGCAUCCGGUGUGGCGCUCGAGGAAGGCGUACUCCGCCAGCGAGCGAGCUCGUCCGCGACUGCCGGUGCUGAAUCGGACUUCUCGGACGAUUCAGAUGCGGACGACAAGGCUGCCGACAACUCGACCGACGACGAUGACGACUGGAGCAGCUCCAAUUCGAGCACAAGCGACCUGGACGUGGACGAUUUUGCAGAAGACCCCGAGCGCGAGCAUGCCAAAGCCAAGCAGCGUAAACAACGCCGCAUGUUGCGGCAAGCCCAGCGCGCGCGCGAGCGUCCGAUGAAGAAGAUGGAGCGCGUCGAGAAGCCUCUGAAAAAGAUGCAACGCGAAAAGUCCGUGGGCGAAAAGAUUAUGCACGUGCUGUGCUGUCGCCACGAUGAUGCGGAAGAGGAACAGGCGCCACCUCCGGCGCGGCCUUCAACCUCCUCGACCAUCGAAGGGGAUCAGCCCGACCACGACAGUCGCAGCAGCAGCAUCGACGAUGAUGCUGGUCACGCAGAUUCAGGCAAUGUCGACGACCCUUCCAGGGCCUCGUCUCCUGGCUUGACCAUGCAAAUGUCCUCACGGUUGCCCUCGCAAUCGCCAGCGCGGUCGACGUCCUCGUUGCGGCCACAGCCAGAGUCCUCCGACACGGUUCAACAGCAGCAGCCCACUUCCUCGCAAAUAGACGAGUCCGAGUAUGUUUAAAUUGGCGAUGCCGUCUAUUGCUUUUGUUUGUCGUUGUUGUUGUUUGUCGUUGUUGUUUGUCGUUGUUGUUGUGUGUCGGUUUGAAUGGUUGCAGCGUUGUCAACAAAACAAACCGAAUCAAACGAACGAA